AUGGCUUCUGGAUUCGAAGACGAGAAGCUAAAUGCUUGCUGUCUCACUGAAUAUCGUCAAUUGCCUGGAACUCCAAGAGGAAAAAUCAUCAAGAUCACCGAUAUUAGCACUUAUCAUAUUGCAGGAACAGAUCAUGCAUCCAAAAACAAGGCAAUGGUCCUAUUAACUGCUAUAUUCGGUCUGACAAAGAACCCACGUAUCACUGCCGAUGAACUAUCUGAAAAAGCUGGUUUUGAUAUCUAUAUACCGGAUCUAUUCAAUGGUAAUCCAAUUACAUCUUCAUUUCUUCAAGGUAUACCUCAAGUUUCAGGAGAAAAGAUGUCUAUUGGUAUUAAAAAAAUAAAGACUCUUCGCUCGGAAAAAGGAACAACUAGAGUGCAAGCAGUUGGUUAUUGUUUCGGUGGUCUCUAUGCAUUGUUAGUUGGCAGCAAAGAACUUCAUCUAGCAGAUGCCAUUGUCGGUUGUCAUGUUUCACUGACCAAUAAAACUCACUAUGAACAAUUGGAUGUACCUGCGACGUUUGUCUACGCACAACAAGAGGAUCAAUUUACGGAUGCUCUUCGAGCAGAAGCUGAACAUAUUCUUGCUCGUAAGUCAGAAAUACCCAGCAAGUUUCUAUUAACAAAAGGAACAGUUCAUGGAUUCGCAGCUCGACCCGACCCUGACAAUACGACGAUUAUGAAUGCAUACAAACAAGCAAAUGACUUCAUUGCCGAAUGGCUCAAAGCUCAUCUUUAA